UUUACUGUCGGGGUGUCGGGCCACUAACAUGAGGUGUCGUGCCAGUGAUUCAAAUAUUCCGUUUUAAUUUACUUUUAAAGUUCACGAUGAAAGGAGAUAGCAAAUAUACACUAGAGAAAAAAGUCGUCGGUCGCUUGCCAAUGGAUCUGGCGGAAAGUAAAGAAAAUGAUACUAAUUUAAGUAAAAGGCUGACUACUUUACUGCUGAAAAUAAUAACAAUUAUGUUAUGCAUAUUUCUAUUCUUUGGAGUGUACUUCUUUGUGCUUUGGUGGCUCACCAGUGAUAUUAGUAAUCUCCAAAAUGAAAACAUAAUUGUUCUUACAAAAUUUCAUAAGUCGUCUAAUGCCACAUUUGCACCAGAAGAUUUCGAAAUAGUUCUACGAUUGAGGAACAAUACAAAAGGACAUUUCGUUCAAAGGAAAAAAAGACAAGUUCAUGAACAACUUUCAAGGAUCAACAGACGAAAAUAUAAUCAAAAUGAAAAAGUUAAAAAAAUCAUCGCCGAACACAAAAUGUUGUGCAAUGAAAAAUCUCACAGGGUAAAAUGUAAGGAACUAAUGGAGAAACUAAGAUUUGUAACAAAUAACAAUAGUCACAUAAUAGAGAGAAAGAAGAAAUCAGAUAAUUCAGGAAGAAAGGCUUAUUCGAAUCAUCGUUCAGAUGUGAGCUACGAAUCCAAAUCCAUUUCAAAGAAGAGACAUUUAAAACCGUCGAUCAAACCGAUUAAUAGUCAUAAGAAGUACUACCCUCACGGCCCAAUGAGCAUAAUUCCCGCCUACCACGAACAGUAUCAUAAUGAUAGAUCGGCUCAACAAUUAACGGAUACCUGCUUGUUAGCGAAGUUAAUGAAACAAAGUUUUCCACAUUUGCACGGUGUUUACGAUAAGCCAAAAUUUGAAAGUCUCUAUCCACAGACAUAUUCGAGACAACCUAUGCCAAAUUUUAUUUCACAUUUUCAUGAUGCGACAAGUAAUGAAAACUUACCACAUCCCCAAGAUGUUGAAAUUGAAAAACUAAUUAAUUUCAAACGCGACGACACAUCUGACGAAGUGUUCAAUAUAACUAUUAGAGAAAAUCGGUGUCAGAAGGAUGAGUUGCCUUGUGACAAUGGUGAAGCCUGCAUCGACAGCAAACAGUGGUGCGACGGGAUCGUCCACUGUAGCGACGUCAGUGAUGAACUCCGGUGUAGUUGUAAAGACAGAGUCGACGCAGCUAGAAUUUGUGACGGCUACUUCGAUUGUCCUUUAGGAGAAGACGAAAUGGGAUGCUUUGGGUGUAAUGAAAACGAAUUCAGUUGCUCGGAUGAGGAGGUCUCUGGAACGUGUUUUUCUCAGGAACAAAGGUGUAACAACCAUGCAGAUUGUUUAAAUUUUAAAGAUGAAAUGGAUUGCAUGAUGCUGUCUCCGAAACUGCAUGUAAAACCUUUGUUUGCGAUUUCGCACACAGAAGGUUUUUUGAAACGGAAUUUUCAAGGUAUGUGGUAUUCCGUCUGCAGCAACUCUUACAUGUGGGCACAUGACGCCUGUCGCAGAGAAACUGGUCUCAUAAUAAGGCCUCCAAUAAUUCAUAUGGUCAAAAUUGACCCGACUCUACAAAUCUCGUACAUCAACAUACUACCGGGUGGUGUGAUGGAAACUACCGACUCCUGCUUCAAUUCAUCAGCAGUCUACGUGACCUGUCCCGAUUUACUGUGCGGCACCAGAAUGCAAACGAACUCGCUUAUAUUACGGAAGAAUAUGGUAAUAGAAAAUAACAGUUUUGGUCGCAACAAAAGGUUCCUUUGGCCCGGGCGCGCGUAUUCAAACUUAUUUCUCGACGAGAGCGAAAUCGAGCAUAGGAGGAAAGGGGAUAAUGUGAUGAAUAAUUCUGAAGGGAAUGUGAGGGGCAAAAGGACCGAGACUAGAGUGGUCGGCGGUAGACCGAGCCAGCCCGCCGCCUGGCCCUGGGCGGUCGCGCUCUACCGGGACGGCGUGUUCCACUGCGGAGGUGUCAUUGUUAAUCAAAAUUGGAUUAUGUCCGCCGCUCAUUGCGUUCACAAAUUUUGGCAGCACUACUACGAGAUUCGAGUUGGGACUCUUCGUAGGCUAUCGUUUUCGCCGCAAGAGCAGAAUCAUCGGGUGUCCCACGUGAUUGUGAAUCAGAAGUACAGUCAGGAGGAUAUGAAGAACGACAUAUCCCUGUUGCACGUGAAGCCCGGUAUAAUGUUCAGCCGAUGGGUGCGGCCGAUCUGCCUGCCGAGCCCCGACGUGGCCGGGCUCGACUGGGAUGUUGGACCGCAGCCUGGGACGAUGUGUACCGCUGUGGGUUGGGGAGCCACCGCCGAACGAGGACCGGACCCCGACCACCUUCGUGAGGUUGAAGUUCCUAUUACCCAAUGUAACCAUCGAGAGGAUUUGGCUGGUAACGAAAUAUGUGCUGGUUUCGUCGAUGGUGGCAAAGAUGCUUGUCAGGGCGACAGCGGCGGACCACUUUUGUGCAAGAAUCCCACGAACGCUCAACAGUGGUAUAUUGCUGGUAUUGUGAGCCAUGGCGAUGGCUGCGGUCGAAAAGAUGAGCCAGGAGUCUACACCAGAGUCAGUCUGUUUGUGUCGUGGAUCAGAGACCAAAUUUCUUCAAAAACAUUGCCGUCAAUUCAACCAAAACAAGAAUGUCCAGGCUUUAGAUGUGACUCUGGCAUUGCAAAAUGUUUACCAAAAAAAAGGAUGUGUGACGAGAUUAUCGAUUGCCUAGACGGUGAAGAUGAAAUAAAUUGUGAUUAUAAAAGUACAGAAACAUUAAGGGAUGAGGAUUCUAAAAUAUUGCACAUUGACGAUCAUAAAACUCAUAAUUCUGAUUUGACAUCUAUGGACCUGACACAAAAUAUUACUCAAAGAUCUUCUGAAGAUAAAAGUGAAGAUGAAAACAAUUUAAAUGAACAUGAAUUGAAAAAUAAUGUUCAUAAAAUAAACAUAAAUAGUAACGAGGCUGAGUUACAAAAUUCGUCAAAACCGGCUGGAUUUUCUGAAAAUAAGUCAUCUGAGUCUGCUGAAAUGUCAUCCGAAAAUGUAACAAAUGAUCCAGAUCUAGUAAUAUCUAAAGAAGCUGUAGAACAAUUCACAACCCAGUCAAAUACGAUUAGUUUCACACAAGACACUAACCUUCACGAGUCACUGUCAAAUGAACAAUUUUUUAAGGAAACAACUAUGACUACUACAGAAAAAAUAAGUUUUAUCGAAGAUAAUGUAAACAAUGACACUAAUGAAAUCAGUACUUCUGAAAAUAACUUGCAGUUACAAACGACCGAAACCAUAAUUUUUGAUAAUGAACAACCAUUAGAAACUACAACUUUUUCUAAUAACUUAAGCAAUGAAAAUAAAUUGCGAUCCAAAGAUUUUCGUAGUUUCAAUGAUACAUGCCAGAUCGAUAAUUGCAAUAAAACUAAAGUAACUCAUUUGGAAAAUCUUACUAAUGCAACAAAUAAUGAAUCUUUAAGAGGAGACACAAUUACAAAUAAAGGAGGAAAGCCUUUGGAAGACGAAAAAAUUUUCACAAAUUUAAAUGAGAGUGAAAGUAUGCCAAAGAUAGAACCUGCCAAACCUAAGAGGACGUUUAUAUUCCCCUCUGAGUUUGAAUGUGCAAGAAUCCAACAGUCUAUUCCGUAUCAACUAAGAUGCAAUCAAAAAGCUGACUGCGAAGAUGGAACUGAUGAAACUGGCUGUACAUGCACUGAUUAUUUAGCAACAUUUGAAAGCAAUCUUAUAUGUGACGGCAAUAUAGAUUGCUCAGAUGGGCAAGAUGAAAUAGAUUGCUUUGAAUGUGACAAUAACCAAUAUUUAUGCAAGCAAGACAGUUUGUGCAUUCCUCUUGAUUUCGUUUGUGAUGGAGAACGGCAGUGUCCAUCAGGAGAAGACGAAAUAGACUGCCUUACAUUAUCGAAUGGAAAAGAAGUUAACGAGUUUAAUGGCAAGGCAGUAGUUAAUUUGCAAGGAUAUAUAACAAGGAAGCGGGGUAACAGUUGGCAUAUCUUAUGUAAAGAAAUGAUGUCAAUUGAUUUACAAGAAGAAGCGGCUAACUAUGUUUGUAGAUACAUGGGAUUUAGUUCAGCAAAUAGUUAUUCUUUAAAACACAUAAAUAUCAGAGAAAGUGAUUUACUUGAGACGGAAAUUAAUAGACGCAACAGAAGAAAUGUAAAUGGAUCUCGUCCUGUGUUUGUUGUGUAUAAAGAUACAGACCAAGGAGAUAAUUUACCUCGCAAUGUUAUCAUUAGAGAACCAGAAGUAAUCAAAGAGCAUUGUGUACCAAAUAUCACAAAAACUUGCAUGACUAUGUAUGUCGUCUGUGAUCAUACACUGUUCACACAUUUUGAAGUUUCUGAUAAUAUUAUGUCAGUGACGUUAGCUAAAAGCGCAGAGCUUCCUGCUAAAAUCCCGAAAGAAAAAUUUUGGCCGUGGGUCGCAAAGUUAUACGUGGAUGGAAAUUAUAAAUGUAUUGGGGUAUUGAUUGAUUUGUCUUGGGUUUUAAUUAGCAACUCAUGUCUACAAAAAACAGUCACAUCACAUAAUUACAUAUCCGUCGUGCUCGGAUCUCAAAAGACAAUGGAAAGUAUUGUCGGGCCGUACGAACAAACUUACAAAGUUGAUGCCAAGAAAGAAUUUUACCGUAGCAAGGUCACCUUGUUACAUUUGAAAGAAGCUGCAAAAUACUCCACCAUGGUAAAACCAAUGGUUAUUUCAACACCAUAUACUGAAAAUAACAACUCUACUUGUAUAGUGGUAGAGCAAAAUCAACGUAACGAUCUAUUUACCUUACGCUUAAGAGAAGAUUACAGUGACUGUAAUUUUAGUCAGCGUUGUUUUAGUUUUGAGUCUACUGAGAAUAUAAUAUGUGAGCAAAACUUUUUUGAAGAAAGUGGUUCAGUAGUGAUUUGCCAUUCAAAUAAUGGUUGGUAUCCGGCUGCUUCAUACAUCAACAAACUUGCAUGCGACUCUAAAAGAAUCGUCGCAUACGAGAUCGAACACCUCAAGUAUGAAAUUAAACAUAUCAAAGAUAUUGCGAUGUCACAUUUGCAGGAGCUAAAGGAUUUUGACAACUGUUUAGGAAUAAGAUGUCCACGUGGACGAUGUAUUGAACUAAACAAAGUAUGUGAUGGUGUUCCCAAUUGUGAAGACCAAAGCGAUGAAUCCAAAGAUGCCUGUCAAUUGAAGAAAACUUCUUGCGCAGAUAGUCCUUUCCAAAGAGGUUGCGAGUGUCUGUCUAAUGAACUUAAAUGCCGUAACGGUCGAUGCAUAGAUAAGGAAUUGUUCAAAAAUGGCCACGAUGACUGCGGAGAUGGCACGGACGAGCCAGGAAAUUUCAGAUGUUCAGACUACCUAAGUAGAGUUAUACCAGCGAGACUGUGUGAUGGAAUCUUAAAUUGCAAAGAUAGAAGUGACGAAGAUCCGUCAUUCUGCAAGUGUUUCGCGAAACAAAGUUUUGACUGUCGUGGAGGUAAUAACAAUGAAAACUAUUGUGUGGCCAUGGACAUGGUUUGUGAUGGAGUCCGCGACUGUCCAAAUGGCGAAGAUGAAAGCAAAUGUUUAGCACUUCAUGCUCCAAAAGGAAAUCCGAACGGGGCUGGAGAAGUAGUCGUAAGAUCGCAUGGAAUUUGGCACUCAAAAUGUUACCAGACCCAAAAUCAUACUAAAUCAGAACUUGAAAAUAUUUGCCGCGAGUUGGGCUUUGUGAGUGGGCACAGCAAACAAUUGACGGUUUCAGAUAAUUUAAGGCCGUAUCCAUACAACAAUGUCAUAUUGGACGACUUCUCCGAAAUAACUCUCAACGAUAAGACCAGUGUUAAACUGAGAAAUACUCACCUACCAAUCGCUAAACCAGUAAAUGAAGUGAAAGAAAACUGUUAUCCAUUAUUUUUGGAGUGUUUAUAAAAAUAAUAAAUAAGAAGAUCAAGA